AUGUUAGCUGAUUUUUAUUCCAACUGUAUCAAUUCCUCGAUCGAUGCCAAAUUCAUUGAACGUUUCGAAAGAAUUCAAUGUCAUAUCUUACCAAAUCACUUGUCCUCCAACGCUGUUGCUGCUGCCAUCCAAUCACCAAUCGCUCCAUUGAGUCCAGUACAAAGAGUCGACCCAGUCGAGAUCAAGCAAGCCAUCAAGCCAGUUCAAUAUAAGGAAUUCAAGGACAGUUUCCCAUUCAGUGUUAAGAUGAGUCUUUUGGAGACCGUUCACAACCUCCGUGAAAAGAAUAUCCUAUCGAACCCAUCCAUUCAAUCAAAGUUGAUGGUAUCCAUCGUAAAGACCGUCAUGUUUGAUCUUUACAACCAACGUUUGUCCAAGUUCUUCAGACAACCAGCCGUCCCACAAUUCGCACGUCCACUCUGCGCCGCCGCCAAGGCAUUAUAUACCCGUCACUCUUUGUUCACCAUGAUGGAGUGCAAUAGCAUCCUCGGUAGACAAGAUAUUGACAUCAUCCACGGUGACAAGACCGGUCAACUCUUGAGAUUGGCCAAGUUCAUCGUCGCCAACGCCCCAUCACAAUCAUUCAACAUCCAAACUCCAAACCAAGAUCCAACCUCGUUCUUGACCAACUUUGACAACUUGGUGAAGCUCUUUGAAAUGCGUGACAUCAAGAAGAGCAACGAAUUGAAGCAAAUGAUCGCCAAGGCCGGUCAACACGUCUUCUCCAACGAAAACCAAAUGAUCGCCGCUAUCAAUGAAAACAGUAACUUUGCUGUCAAGGCUGCCAUUGCCCACAUGGAAUCGAGCAUGUUGAAAGAGACCUCCAACAACCAACAAAAUUCAGUAAUUAGACAAAUCAUCCUCUUAGACUCAUUGGUUAAGAUUCAAGAUGAUUUGGGAUGGAUCGUAGCCAACCACUUGAUCUCCGAAGAAAUGGCAAUGGAACUUCCAUUCAUCAUUAGUGAACUCAUUAUUUCUUUAGCUCCACAUACUUUGAUCCUCGUUGAUUCAUUCGAAGUCAAUAGAAAAUAA